AUGAACCCCUCCAAGCACAUCUCGCCAUUCAACAACGACAAAGACACCGACACAGGUGACCCUCGUAGCUCACCUACGACCGUCUCCCCUGUCGUCUUCUUUGCCGUGAUGGGCAAUCGAUCUCUCGUGCGCCGCGUCACUGAAUGCAUGUCUGGAAUCCCGUUUCUUCUAGCUUCAUACUUUAUCACCCAAAAGCUUGACCGACCAACGCUCAGCUUCAAGGACAACAGCCUCCUCGGGUUCGCCGCGUCCAACGGACAUCUCAGCAUCGUGCAAGCCGCCGUCAAGCACUUCCACCACCAAGGUCGAUGCAAAGAAUAUGCAAUCUUUUGCGCCACGGUCUCCGGCCAACUGCAGAUCCUUGAAUGGCUCUUCACCAAUUACACGAUCCCUCCGGCACCCCCGAUCUCAAUGUAUGCCCUCAACGGCGCCGCCAAGCACGGACAUCUCAAUGUCCUUCAAUUCCUGCACGCCCAUCGAUGCACGGGGUGGACCGCUGACUGCAUGGACAGCGCCGCCGCCCACGGACACUUGAACAUUGUAAAGUUCCUCCACUACAAUCGGUCGGAAGGAUGCACCACGUUUGCUAUGAACCAGGCCGCCGAGAACGGCCACCUGGACGUCGUCCGCUUCCUCCACGAGAACCGAACGGAAGGCUGCACGUCGUUUGCAAUGAACCAAGCGGCCAAGAACGGACAUUUGAGCGUUGUGAAGUUUUUGCACACUCACCGCACGGAAGGGUGCACGACGUACGCCAUGACGAGCGCGGCGUUUUCCGGACAUUUGAGCAUUGUGCAAUUUCUGCACUUCCACCGACAAGAAGGGUGUACGAAGGAAGCGAUGGACGGCGCCGCGCUCUACGGCCAUCUUGACAUUGUCAAGUUUUUGCACGAACAUCGGUCGGAAGGGUGCACUGAGCACGCCAUCAACUGGGCGGCCUCUCGUGGCUCCCUCGACAUCGUCCGGUAUCUCCACGCCAACCGUGAAGAAGGAAGCGUCAACCGCGCUUGCGCCCUCGCCGCGCGCUUUGGCCAUGCCACGAUUGUGAAUUGGUUCCAAGCCCUUUGA